CCAGGCCAGGCGCUCGCUCUUGCCCUGUGCGUUGCCGCGCUGCUUGGUGGUGCCCCCUGGCCAGGCGCUGCAGCUUCUCCGAGCCCCUCGCUGUUCUGCCGUGCCCGGGCCAGGCGCUCACUCUUGCCCUUUGUGCUGCUUGGUGGUGCCCCCGGGCCAGGCGCUUCCACCUCCCUGUGCGCCGCUCGCUGCUCCACCGUUCCCUGGGCCAGGUGCUUGCUCUUUCCCUGUGUGCCGCUCCACUGCUUGGUCGUGCCCAUGGGCCAGGUCUUCUGUCUCCCCCGUCUCCCCAUGUUCCACUCGAUGCUGGGCUGUGCCCCUUGGCCAGGUGCUCGCUCUCCCCCCUGUGUACCUCUCCUGCUCAGUCGUGCCCCUUACCAGGCCCCCUGCCUCCCCAUGUGCCCUUUCAUUGAUGGGUUGUUCCUCGUUCAGUGAGGGUUGCCAGAACUUGCCUGUUAGGAUUGUUCUCCUAGGUUAACAUCACUGUCUUGAUCUCUCUUCUGUGUAGCUCCUUGCAGAACUGUGGCAAUAGCAUCUACAGCUCGCUGUGCUCAUCCUCAGAGAGGUGGGCCAAAUCACGCCUGUCAUGUGAUUUGUGCCUUAUCUUAUUUAACUUUGACAGAGAUCCUUGCAGAUUAGGCACUGCUAUUAGCCCCAUGCUACGGGGGACACUGCAGAUUAUUCUUCCUAGGACACUGCCAGUUCCCCUUCUGACUAGGUUAACAUCAUUGUCCUGAUCUCUCUUCUGUGUGGCUCCAGCCUGCGUUUCUUGGUCAAGUACUUGUGUAGUACACACCUUCCCCUCCAGUCAAGCCAGUUCCUUCACAGUGCCUCAAACGCUCUGCCUGGAUUUCAGUUAGACCCUAACUUAUCUACCUGCUGGAAUAUACAAUCCUCCCCUUGUUGGUGGAUGUGUUUCAAGACCCAGUGGAUGCCUGCAAUCAACCCUGUAUAUACUAUAUUUUUUCCUGUACUUACAUACCUAAAAUAAAGUUUAAUUUUUAGAAAUGAACGAUAAUAAUAAAAUUGAUAUUAUAACAGUAUACUGUGAUAAAAGUUAUGUCAGUGUGUUCUCUCAGACUCUCAUUUGUACUGUACUAUCAUAUGUACUAUACUGUAUUUUUGGAGCUGGGGUGGGUAAUUGAAAUCAUAGAAAAUUAAAGUAGAUAAGGAGGACCACCAUACUAUUACUUAUUGAGGGCUCAUGGUGCCAGUUAUCUGUUGCCAGCUAACCCGUCAAACUUCAUGGUGUAAAACAGCAAUAGUUUUUUUUAUUAUCUACCCUACUUUUGUGAACAAGGAAUUUGGUAAGGGUUUGGCUGGGCUGUUCUGGCUUAAAGGUUGGUUGGUUGGUUUGUUUGUUUAUUUAUUUAUUUAUUAAUUAAUUUAGUUAGUUAGUUAUUGGUACUGGAGAUUGAACCCAGGGGCCCUUAACCACUCUGCCACAUCCCCAGCUCUUUCUAUUUUUUAUUUUGAGACAGGGUCUUGCUAAGUUGCUCAGGACUUUGUUAAGUUGCCAUGGCUGGCCUCAGACUUGUAAUCCUCCUGCCUCAGCAUUCCAAGUUGCUGGGAUUAUAAGCAUGCCCCAGCGUACCUGGCUUGGCUUUAAAGAUUUUAAUGCCAUUGUGUUUAAAUUGUGGCUUGGAAUAUAGGUUAGUAAGGGAUGUAACAGCUGGAGGCUAGUGGAGUUGUCUUCAUGUAGUCUCCUAGGACCUCCCCACGUGGUCUCUUUACAUGUCUGUUUGGUGUUUCCUUGGGAGAUUUGGACCUAUAACAAGCAUCUGAAGUUUUCAAGAACAGUUCCAGCAAGCAGAGCAGAAUCUAUAUCAACUUUUAAGACCACAGCACUUCAGAAAGACUAACCCUUCCUGGAAGAGUUGUGGAGAAUGGAAGUGAGCAGGGAUCCUACGACGCAGAUAAAGGAAUUUUUACCAUUCGAUUACCCAAAGAAACUCCUGGCGAGCAUUUUGAGGGGCUGAACAUGUUGACUGCUCUUCUGGCACCCAGAAAACCCAGGACAGCCAGACCACUUGUGGAAGAAAUGGGUGCUUCUGAAGAAGUAGUUGAAGACGAUGAUGGAGAGUUUGACUGGGAAAUUGAGCAGACCCCCUAUGAAGAGGUACCAGAAGGCACGCUGAGUCCGCAGUGCGGCUACGGGUUCGGGAACUCCCGGGCAGGAGUGGUUCGGCGGUUGCAGGAUGAGCUGAGUGACGUCAUUGAUGUUAAGGAUCCCGAUUCUACCCCUGCGGCUGUGCGAAGGCAGAAGCGCCUGGCUGCCGAGCUGGCUAAAUUCGACCCUGAUCAUUAUCUAGCUGACUUCUUUGAAGAUGAGGCAGUCGAACAGAUUUUGAAGUAUAAUCCUUGGUGGAAUGAUCCAUAUUCAGAAAUGAUGGCCUGUUUGGGGAAGAGUCGGCAGCCAGAAAGUCAUGCUGCGUUAGUGUCUUUUUCUGAAGAAGAGAAAUAUCAGCUACGGAAGUUUGUCAAUAAAUCUUUCCUGCUGGACAAGAGAGCUCGCCGGCAGGUGUGCUACGGCUUAAUUGACAUUCUUCUGGCGUAUUGCUACGAGACCCGCGUCACCGAGGGCGAGAGGAAUGUGGAGUCCUCUUGGAAUCUCAGGAAACUGAGUGCCACGUUGUGCUGGUUUGAGACUUGGAACGAUAUUCAUGAAAUCCUGGUGUCUUUUGGAAGGAGAAUUUUGUGCUACCCACUUUAUCGCCAUUUCAAGCUGGUGACAAAGGCCUACAGAGAUGUAAUAAAGAUCUUGCAGCUAGGUAAAAGUGCAGUUCUCAAGUGUCUACUGGAUAUUCACAAAAUAUUUCAGGAAAAUGACCCUGCUUACAUUCUGAACGACCUCUACAUCUCAGACUACUGUGUGUGGAUUCAGAAAGCCAAGUCCAAGAAGUUGUCUGCUCUUGCGGAAGCCCUGAGAGAAGUCUCCCUCACCAAGGGGCAGCUGGGGCUGGAGCUGGAGGAGCUGGAAGCUGCGGCCCUUCUCGUCCAGGAGGAAGAAGCUGCCGGAAACGCAGCCCGCUCGCCCAGCGAUUCCGGGGGGUCGGGAUCUUCUGACUCUGAAGACUCGGCCUCAGAGCAGGACGAGCAGGCAGAGCGGCAGCGUGCGCCCGAGGAUUCUCCACGGGGCCCCUUUCUGGAGAGCGGUGCCCCACUUCCUGCUGGUGGCGGGGCAGUCCUGAGGUCCACCGUGGGUCAGGGGGCGCUGCUGGCCGCUCCCCAGGAGCCUGCAAGGCGCAGGCCUCUGAUAGAGGAGCUCGGCGACCAUCUGAGGACGACCCUGCAGAUUUCCACGUCUCAGGGAGCUGACGCAAGGAGCCACUGCAGGACGCAGGACGGAGACGGGCAGGCGACGCCGGGGACUGACUCGGGCCAGGCGUUCUUUGCAGGGAGUUAGGUCGGGGUGGGCGCCUCUCCUGAGCUAGAACCCUCCGUGGGCUUCCAGGGCUUGGCACUUUUCCUUUGUACAUACAAAAUUGUUCUUAAGUGAGCUGAUUUUUAUACAUAUUGGUCUCUUUGUUGCUUCCUGAAAAUUAAAGUUCUGAAGUGUUAUAA